AUGGAGAUGGAAUAUUAUGCGAAUGGUCAAAGUGAAAAUACAUAUGAAAUCCCUCAGAAUGCUUCAGAGCCAGCUGUGGUUCCUAAACAAAACAACAAUAACACUACGAACAAGAAAACUGUAUUUGUUGUCGCGAUAUCUUUUGGAAUAUGCUUUAUUGUGUCUGUUGCUGCACUUAUCCUGAUUAUGCAAUUCCAGAACGAGAUGAAACAUAUGAGAGAAAAAUUGGACAAAAUGAGUAAGAUUGAUUCAUCUCUCGUCAGCAAUAUAAGCGACACUCAAAAGCAACAAAUGGAAACGUUUGAAAAAUUGACAACACAGUUCAAUUAUUCCCUUGCGAAGAUUUCGAAUGAAACACAAAAGACUUCUUCAAGUAUCAAAAAAGAGUUGGAAAAUAUGAAGAAUGAAGUGAGCCAACUUGACUCCAAAAUAUUGAUUGGAGAUAACAAGCUGAAAGCAAACUUGACUGAUACAACAUCAAGGAUGAACAAAAUGUUCUCGAUAUCCGGGUGGUUCAGAGCAAGCAACAAUCUCAUUUACAAACGUUUCACCGAUUCUGUCAACUAUGCAACUGCAAAGGCUCAAUGCGAAGGUAUGGGAGCUCGUUUGGUAUCGACUGGAAUGAGAAACAACCAAGUGAAAAA